UGCACUUAUCCUCUUAGCCUGGGCACUGCGCUCAUCACUAGAAUUGAUAAGUAGCUACAACUCUUUUUAUCGUCUGUCUAGAGUCUCAUUACAGUCUAGUAGAGUUCGUUGUGAUUAUUUAACAUCCUCUUCUAGUACGGUAGUGCUUAUGGUUCGUCCUCUACGAUUCUUGUAGGUCCUAGUACUCUCAUCUUCUACGUUACAGUCUUCGUAUUUCCAUAUCCCGUUUUUUGAAUUUUUCCCUUGAAAAAAAAUAUCAUAUUAGUCCUAUCCUAUCCUAACUUUCUUCUUUUCUCUACUCCUUUUAAGUUAGCACACGUCCAAAAUGUCGGAUAUGACGGCAGAAAAAAGCGAACGAGCCACGACGGCAGCUACGAGCGAAAGAGGAUCUGCACCAUCGAUUUCUGUCGCAGGAGCUUAUGAACAAGAACUCAAACACAACUUAUUCAUGCUGUACUAGCCUGGUCAGUGCUCGCGCUCAUCAUCUUAGACUCUGUUGAAGUUAGUACUAAUCGAAUUGUAGAAAUUAUGACCGAGUAACUGCCUGCGAAAUACGGGACGUAGAUUUGAAAGACAGCUCUUCCUCGAGUAUCUCGGUUAUUCUCGCUUCACUUUAUCGAGUAGUGGGUGGCACUUGCUCACUUCAGUCCAUAUCGAGCAGCUUCAUAUUUCUUUGUUCGCCCCCUACUUGUAAAUCACUGAAAUAAGUCAGAGAGGUACUUAAAUAUAUUUCUUUUUCGGGAAGUUCUAAACUGUUGUUCAGCAGGCUUGAAUUUAUGAAUGAAUCAAUUGAAUUGGUAUCUAUUUAGUGGAUUUCACUAGACUUGAAUUUUUUUAGAUCAUGUUCAUCGCCGCUCUAAUGAUAUAAUAACGAUCGCGAUCCGGUCACAGAGGACUGGAAUUCGACUCGUACGGGGUUGUCGCUAACCGCGACAAUUUUCACCAUUUUUGACAUUUUCAUUUAAGGCUUGAGACCUCUAUCGAAGGAGAUUCUUUUGGUGGAGAGAGAUGAAGCAUCAUUUUUGACUUAGUAAUCAAUGAUUGAUCAUGGACAACUAGUCAGGUUUACUUCUUCACUAAAAGUAAGAUGUUUGUUGUUCUCCUAGUAGUCAAUCUGAGUUGAAUGUAAUAACGAGGUCUAAAUUCUCACCCCGACUAUGGGUGCCUUGCCGAUCGUUCUGUGGUUCGGAGGCGCGACCACUCAGUACCUUCAAAGUGACAGUGACGGUGUGCACUUAUGAAGCUCCAUUUAUUUUAGUAGAAAGCUACCACUUAUUUUUCUUUCAUUUUUCUGUAAUUUACAUGUUGUACUCAAGUAAUACUUAUUAAAAAACAAUAAUGGUCCUUGGAUCUUCUUUUUCUAUAGUUGAAAAAGAAAUUAAUAACUGUAAGUAUGAAUGGUUCCGGUAUUUGGUAACCUGAGUUUGAUCCUAAGGGAAAACAAGAAGAGAACCCUUAGGAUCAAAUUCAGGCUAUACCAAAUACCAGAACCAUACAGUGCUCCAGAGGUUCCAUCCCAUAAUGUAGUACAACAAGCACAAGACAACUACUAGGAGCAGUUUAACAUUUUAUAAAAUCCAUAAGUGAGGUGGAGCUACCACUUCUUAGAAGAGAAUACAUAAGUAUGCUCAAUUAUACGUAGCUAACUACUUGCUUUCUAGUAGCAACGAACUUCAAUACAACUAGCAUUUCCUGUAUUAACUCUACUAGGGUUUCUUGUAUUAACCCGACUGGGAGUUAGGGUUCAAUACAACUAGCUAGAAUUAAUACAACAAGGAACGACACUAGUUGUAUUAAUUCUAGGUACAACUGGGAAUUGUUCCAGGUAGUAGGUUGUACCAAACAGAUGCAUGAUCAUGAAGAACAACUACAGUUACAAGGUCUUUUACGCCCGAUAAUUAGAUGAUUUUUUUACUAAAAGUAUUCUAUUUACUAGAAGUGUAGUUCGGUCUUCUAUUUAUUUGCUAUUUACACUACAGCUGUCGCCCGCAACCUCCUGGUGCUGUACUUGCUCAAAGAUCAGGGACAACGACGGACAACAUCUCUCCUAUAAAUGCUAUACAACCUAUAUUUUUUAUUCGUUCGUCAGCCUUCGGCCAUUCUCCAAAAAGAAGGCCUCUCCCCGUCUACCGUAGCUGCUCCUGUGGGAUAAUACAAUAGAAGAGUCUGAAAAAAAGCCUACAUAGCUAUACUCCAUCCAACAUUGGGAUUUUAGGAUCCUUGAAAUUUCUAAUCAUGUAUUUCCGGGACUGCUUGAUUGUCGAGAAAUUUUUUACGAUCCUCCAAGGCUGCCUCCAGCUUUACGUCGCUGGAUGCUUUUGCCAAUGCUUAAGGCGGGUUGAAGCAUUCUUUUUUAUUCUAGGUAGGGUUAUUGGGUACAUGAUUGUUUAUUCUUGACUUGAUCAUCUAGCACAGAAUGGAGUAGCGGCUGCGUCUGCAGUGAACAACUCAAUAUUUAUUUUUUGUUCACGGCACGCACGUUGUUUUUUCGAAGAUACUUGCGCAUGCCCAACUAGAACUUAUGCCUCACUUCUGACAAGCAUUGUUUCAACGACAUUCUCAUAUUAUCUGGGACAUCUUCAGGGGAACAACUUGAACUACUUUUUGAAUUAUAUAAUUUUUAUAAGAUAUUAGAUCCUACGUGCAAACUAACAGAGUCAAAAAUGAAUGGCUUCAAACUUUAAGUAAUUGCAGCUGUAUCAAGCCGAGGCCCUACGUGGAACAUCCGGUGAAGUUAAGAGUGUGCUUCGGUCUCGCGGUUGCCCUCAUGGUUAAGAACAGUCCGAAGAGUGCUUUUUUUCGUGGUGCGUACAUCAUUUCAUCUGUGCAGCUGUACUAGUUUCUUUGUGAUUAAUUGACAAGAAGGUUGACACAGACACACAAGGGUGUUAUAUAUUUUAACACUCUUGCGACAUUUCGUGAAAAAAAUGACUUGCGUGUGUGUAAUAUAUUAUAAUAUAGUUCAGCACCAACUGUAAUUUCUGCCGAUCCCGUGCUACUUCAGGCGCAGGGCGAAGGUAUAGCGUACUUAGUCGCCCCUCUUCCUUGCUCCUAAAUUUGAUUAUAUAUAAAUCAGCAGGCUCGUAUGCAAUUAGUGCACCCGUGACGCAAGGAGGCUAAUUUACUCCACCUGCUGCCAGUUUGCGAACUGGAUAAAACUGCGGCCACUCUUCUAGCCGCCUCAGGAUACAAAAAAACAAAAUGAGGCGGGAGCCCAUCUAGAAUGUGAAUCUGAGCGGAUAGCUAGAUAAGUACAGUUCCCCUUGAGACAGCGAGUACUAGUACAGUUAGAAUCCCCCUGGCCCUGGUGCGUCACAUAAUCUAGGUGCUGGCAUGCUGGCUAGUGAUAGGCUCAAUGGAAUCAGAGGAAUCCGAGAGUACUCGGACAGCCAGAAUCCUCUUCAAGUGACUCAAAGUUGAAGCUUCCCUCAGUUGGAGGCGCUGCGUCUUCUAAGAAACUUUGGUGGAUUUCUCUCGUGAAGAGUGGUUUCGAGAUCGGCGCGCAGCCUCCUCUUCCCGAUAUCCGAAUACAGCUCACCAUCAUCCUUAUGGGCUAAGCACUUGAAGAAGAAGAAGAAUAUUAAUUUUAGGUCUAGAAAGUGCUUUACUAGUUAAAAAUAUUAUUUUUAACUAGUAAAGCACUUUCUAGGCCCUACGAAUGGGUAUACGGUUACCCCUACUACUACUGCUACUACUACUCGAAGAAGAAGAGUUUACUUCUAAGCGAUGUGAGUAUAGGGUCACUACAUGUUCUGCCUGGUCUCGUCCCAUCUUCCAUCUAUUAAAAGAGCUAUAAUGGCUAAAAAUUUUUGAAAAGGUUUUUGGAGGGAUUAUCGCGUGAAGAAGGGGGUUAGGGAGGCCAAUCCCUUUGCAAGCCCUUGCGAACCCCUAUGAAACCCCCUCGCCAGAUCGGAAGCGGCAACGCCAGGGUCUGGAUAGCGUGGGCCGCUUCGGUCUUUGUUCCAUCUUCUUCAUAUGCUCGACGGCGGCCGCCAAGGGUCAGGCGUUCUGUGCCCGCGCUUUGCCUUUGGGUUUGGGAUACAGUCGGCUUUUUUUUGUUUUGUAUUAUUGUAUAGUUUCACAAAAUGCUUGAAGCAGUAACUUUACAGGAGCAGUGGUUUGGGCGCUUGCCUUUACACGACAUAUCUGCUACAAGCAACUACAAGACUUGCAAGUUACACUCUCCCACAACUUGUCUCCCACAACUUGUAUGUAAGAACAAUCACUACGACUACUUGAAUACCCCGACAUGGACAUCGCAACCUGGCCCGAUCGGAGCGAUGUCACUAGGCUCACCCUUCCGACGGUCUUGGCAUCCAAAAAAAAACGAUCGGGACCCCCUGAACCUUGAAUCUUGGACCCAACUUCUAAGCUCAAGGUGGUGCAUCUGCUGCUCCGGGCCACAACGUUACGUGUAGAAGGGUUCUUUUCUCAUCUGUCCAGUCUAGAAGUAUCUUCGUCUGCGGAUGUUGAUCUCUCUGAGGAUAUCUCCUCAUCUUGUCAUUCACUCACUGUUGAAAAAGAAUCUUCACGCACUGAUUGACUGACUCAGUGUCCAAUUCACAAUGAUCGGCUCAUGAUGACGCGUCCUAGAUUUUCCACGUUGUAGCAAGGCUCUCUACGUCGUGAGGCCAUAAGCCUAAGUCGUGAGAUCAUAAGCCUAGGUCGUGAAGUACGCCUCUAGAUUAGGUACCAUGAGCAUCAUUAUCAUCAUCAUCAGAGAAACUUCUAGCUCUAAGAAAUCUGCGCUAUCUCUACCAAGCGAUUCAAGAAGCGGAAUCUGGAAUCAUGGUUGCGGAUGUUAUUAUGGACCAGGAUACAUAGAAUCCCAGAAUCCCAAGUGAUCCUAAGAGUGACUAAAUGUGAUCCCAUGGUCGAGUAACUAAGUGAUCGCGCGUCGUAAGGGUGAUUAAGUGAGUAGGUCUUGGGUCUGAGUUUAGUUCGACUCUGUAGCCCAGCGCCGUCGCUCGUCAGACGGCCGCACGCAGUUAAUUUAACUAUUCCAACCAAGGAAUAGUAGGCAGUUAAUCUAACCAGUUCUAAAGAUUGGUUAAGUGACUAAGUGAUCUUCUCAAGAGUCGUGCUACUUGUAGGUGACACGCUUCCCUUGUGAAGCUGGUGACAGGCUUCAAUCCACCUCUUCAGCAGAGUGGGAUUGCUAUCCUAUUAUGUCCUACCCGAUCUGAUAGAUCGUCUUAUCCAAUCCUAGUAUCCUAUGUUUUUAGCUAUAUCUUCUAUCAGCAGCACGUGGCUGCACAUAUUCACCCGAGGAUGCAGGUCAAACUGUGGACGGUGAAUCAAAUCCUACCCUAUCCUAAGUAUCAUCUUCUAAUCUUGACGGCAGCCCGGUCGUCGAAGGCGGUCCAUCUGGUGCAGGAGUCAGUACUACUCCUACCGAUACCUCUGCUUUUGGUCCUGGUACCACAGCGGACAAAACAAACUACGGCACAGUCACGACUUCUCUCGUCUGAGGACUGAGAAGCGAAGAGAAGAAGAUACAUGAACAUGAUAGAGAAUUCAUCUUCAGUGUUAUUUGGAAAAUGGAUUUUGUCAUCGUCCGUAGAGAGCUGCUACAACACCCCAUGAAAAAUUCCAUGAAUCUAAAGAUGCAUUUAUUUCACGUUCUUGACUCAUAACCACGCUGACACGUAUGACAUCAUAACUAUCGUGAGUUUCUGCAUUAUUCCGCAUACCCAAAUUGUUCGACAUCAGAAGAAAUAUAAUGCCUUUUUUUGUUCACAAUCAUACGUUAAUGAUGUUCUUACUACAUUAUGCUAUUACAAUAAAAUGCUUAGCUUAUGAAAUGACACAAAGUAGAUAUUGAUAUGUUCUUCUUCAUCACACUACUAAUAGUACAACAAGAACAAU